ACACACAAAUCGUCGCUACGACUUGGAAUGUUUGAUAACAUGGAUUACUUCAAAUCAUUUCCAUGGUUCGAUGCUCUGACGAAGGAGCCAGGUUUUGUGUCAUUCACGCCAGUCAGCCGCUCGAAUGGGACCUACGGCGACAAUGAGCCCCCGAGAAACCAAAUACUGCGCCAGACUUUCAACAACAGUGACACAAUACCGCACUGCACCGGCUUCUACUUAAAAGAAGGUACCUCGCCGCAUGCCGAUGGACAUGGAACCAAGCCGUCGGCGAUCGAUAAAUCACCCAUGAAGAGGCCCUCGAUAUUGUCCUGUUCCGUGGUCUAUGACUUGCGUGCAGGGCUCAACGGAUUCAACCAUGGUCACCUCCAAGGCGGCUUGGUAGCGGUUCUGAUGGACGAUGCGAUGACCAGCCUGACGGUGCUCAACGGCAAAACGCAGACCCGCUCUCAUGGCGAAAGAGAGUUACCUGCGGAAAUUCUGGAUCUUCGUAACAGAAGAGCUGCCACUGCGUACAUCAAUGUUCAGUUCCGGAAGCCUAUUGUGACACCACAAGUUGUCAUCGUCACAGCUUCUUUCGUCAGUACGGAGCGGCGCAAGUUGAUCCUGCGCGCUAGCAUCAAAGACGAAAAAGGAGACAUUUGUGCCACCGGUGAUUCAUUGGUUAUUGGAGAUCGCGAUCCUCGCGAUGAAAAACUCUGAGACACCGUGAUGAGGAAGGAACCGGUGGCGAUGGAGGAGAACAUGUUUGGGCUUGAGUGGACCGUAUUAUAGAGGUGUAGUCAAUGUUGUUGUGGCGG